AUGGAUAUGAAUGCUGACAUAUCGCAGAAACUGCUUUCCUUUCACAGAGACAUUUCAGACGAGUACCAGUCUCUCAUUGAGACAUUCAACAUAUACGCGUAUGGAUAUGGAUACAAAUUGGACAUUUUAAAGGAGGUGUUCCAAAGUGUCUUUGUAGUCGACUUUUCCGAGGGAGAAACAGUGAUGACCAGCAGAAACCUUUACGAGCAUUUUGAAAUGGAGCCAAAAGAAACAGAUCUAAAGCGGGCGCUACAGCACAUCAGCACCCUUGUAAGAAGAGAAGACGUAAAGCCCAUAGUUCUUUUAAACGCAAAAAAAGACACGCUUGACAAGAUCGAAAAUUUAAAAGUUAUUCUUGUCCAGCACAGAGAGCUGUACUUCUCUUUUGACGAUCUGGUGCAGCACAACUAUGUGAUGAGAGAUGUAACAACGUUUAUAUUCGAAGAGAAAAAACGGGGAGGCAUUUCUACAAAAAUAGAUGAAGCCCUCAACGUGUACGACUGUGUCGGAAGUCUGAGCAAAAAAAUAUUCAGACUUACCCUCAAGGCAGCUGCCUCGCGUGCAGAGUUUUCUUUGCGAGAAAUAUUCAACAAAGAAAAAAAGAGGCUUCUUAUCAUAAACUACAGCUCUUUCAGGGAGGCUCUCUCUGCCUUUAUAGACUCGCACAUUCUUGUGGAGAGAAGCGGAAUGGCUAAGCUCAACCUGAACAAGAAAGAGCUUGCUGAGAUAAUUGCCCUUAUGGAUAAGAUGAAGUAG